AUGUGUUCUCUCUGUCCCGGAAGGGAGACGACAGAGCUCUGGAGCAAAGGAGAGCCAGACCGCCUUCCUCAUCCCAGCGGCCCCCCGAUCACCAGGGAUCUUACCAAUGCUACGGCUACGACAGUUGGUGCCCCUUGGAAUGGUGGUUGGCUCUCCGAAUCCAAGGUGGAGAAGCCCAGGCAGCCCCUAGUCUUCUGGCCCCGUGCUCCCAGAGCCAAAGGGACCCGGAUGGCUGGGAAUGAAAAUGUGAGGACACCCAGGGAGGGCUGGCCAGGGAAGGGCAUUCUGGUCUGGGUGUCACGGGCUGGGAGCUGGACGGCAGCUGGCAGGGCCCGAGCUGAACUGGCCUCUAGUAGGCUGGGGGAGGUGGCUGCAGGGGAGGGAUGGGGGACCAACCUUGGCGGGGUUGCAAGGUCUCUCAAGCCAGCCUAUGACUGCUCUGAAAGGAAACUGAGCCUGGUGGGUGCUGUGGGUGGCCAGGAGGCAGGCUCUUGGCCCCACGCUCUUCCACGAACACAGGCCUUGGCGGGCCCCUGGAUGAUGUGUUUCUGGAAUCCUGUCCUGCUUUGCCUGGGGCUCUGUCUCGGUUACAUGACUGGGGCAAGACAGGGGAAACUCCGCAAACCUUUGCUCUGGGCCACACCAAGCCCCACCAUCCCUGCGGGGUCACCUGUGAGCAUCCGGUGUCGGGGACCACCUGGGGCCCGUUUGUACUACUUGGAGAAGGCGGGGAGACCUGAGUCUUUGCUGAAGACUCACCAGCCUUGGCCUAGGAAUGAAGUUUCAUUUUUCAUUUCGGGUGUGUCACAACUCAACGCUGGGCCUUACCGCUGCUCCUACCAGCUGCUGGCUCAAUGGUCCGAGCCCAGUGAUGCCCUGGAGCUAGUAGUGACAGGGGUCUCUCGGAGCAAACCCCACUUACUGAUGAAGCUGAGCACUUCCGCAUCUGUAGAGGCCAGGGCUGAGGCACACCCUACAGCUGCACCAGGCCCCACUGAGGACAGAGGCACCAGUGGACCAGAAACAAUGACUGCUCCCACCCUCCAGGAUUACACGGUGCCCAAUCUCCUGCGGAUGGGUCUGGCUGGGUUUGUCUUGGCCAUUCUGGGAGUCCUGCUGGCCUGGCCUGGCUGGAGGGAUAUAGGCGCCCCCUCUGGCCGCCUCUGCCCUCGGAGACACUUUCACUUUCUCAGCCUCGAGGGGCUGCGUGGCCACGUCCUCCCUGGACCUCGCUCUUGAAGCUCUCAGAC